CCGGGGCCGCGCCGGGCAGCCCGCGGCGGGUAGCGGCGGGCUGGGGCUGGCCGGGCUGAGGAGGGCGGCGGCGCGGAGCGGAGCCGAGCUGGCCGCUGAUGCGAGGCGGCGGGGGGUGCGGGCGGCCCCGGCGGUGAUGCGCGGCCCGCGGGGGCUGCCGGUCCCGGCCCGCUGAGGCGCCGCGGGUGCUGGGUCGGUGCGGGGGGCGUGCCGGUGGGGCCGCGGCCAUGCCGUGCACCUGCGGGAACUGGCGGCGGUGGAUCCGGCCGCUGGUGGUGCUGCUGUACAUCGUGGGGCUGCUGGUGGUGGUGCCGCUCUGCGUCUGGGAGCUGCAGAAGCUGGAGGUUGGAAUUCAUACCAAGGCAUGGUUUAUUGCUGGGAUAUUUCUGCUAAUGACUAUACCAAUAUCUCUCUGGGGAAUACUACAACACUUAGUCCAUUAUACUCAGCCAGAGUUACAGAAACCAAUAAUAAGGAUUCUAUGGAUGGUGCCGAUUUACAGUUUAGACAGUUGGAUAGCUUUGAAAUACCCCAACAUUGCAAUAUAUGUGGAUACAUGUCGAGAAUGCUAUGAAGCUUAUGUCAUCUAUAAUUUUAUGGUUUUUCUUUCAAAUUAUCUAACCAACCGAUAUCCAAACCUCGUCUUAAUAAUAGAAGCAAAAGAUCAGCAGAGGCAUCUGCCACCUCUAUGUUGUUGUCCAUCAUGGGCUAUGGGAGAAGUUUUAUUAUUUAGAUGUAAACUGGGUGUUUUGCAGUACACAGUUGUCAGACCAUUCACUACUAUCAUUGCUUUAAUUUGUGAACUAGUGGGAGUGUAUGAUGAAGGAAACUUCAGCUUUGACAAUGCUUGGACUUACUUGGUUAUACUUAACAACAUGUCACAGCUAUUUGCUAUGUAUUGUCUGGUGCUGUUUUAUAAAGUACUACGUGAAGAACUGAACCCUAUCCAACCUGUUGGCAAGUUCCUUUGUGUGAAGAUGGUAGUUUUUGUUUCUUUCUGGCAAGCUGUGCUUAUUGCAUUGUUGGUGAAAGUUGGUGUUAUUUCUGAGAAACACACCUGGGAAUGGCAAAGUGUGGAAGCUGUGGCUACAGGCCUGCAGGAUUUUAUCAUUUGUGUUGAGAUGUUCUUAGCUGCAAUUGCUCAUCACUACAGUUUUUCUUAUAAACCUUAUGUUCAAGAAGCUGAAGAAGGGUCAUGCUUCGACUCCUUUCUUGCCAUGUGGGAUAUUUCUGAUAUAAGGGCAGAUAUAUCAGAACAGGUUCGAAAUGUGGGAAGGACAGUUUUGGGGCAGCCAAGGAAAAUGUUUUUUGCUGAGGAUCAUGAACAUAAUGAGCAUACAAGUUUAUUGUCUUCAUCUACUCAAGACCCGAUUUCUGAUGCUUCUUCAAUGCCCUCUUCACCUAUGGGUCAUUAUCAGGGGUUUGGACACACUGUGACGCCUCUCACAACACCAACAACAGUCCCUGCAAUUGAUGGUAUUUAUAAUACUUCUGCUACUCAAGAUGCUGAGGAGUCACCUGAACUAGAGCACAAUCUAUCAGAGAAAGUUUUGGAUAAAAGUUAGACUCAAGAUAUUAUUUGAAUGUGUCAGGGAAUCUCUUGUAUGCUCACCACAUAUGUACUAUUAGUGAUGAAAGUUGAAAAGCUUGGAAAAGCUACUGUGCACAGAGGAUAUGGCUGUAACAUCUGGAUCUAUAAUGGAUAUGAGUAUCUGUGAGUACCCCAUGAGUAUAAAACACGCACACUUUAAAGGUUUCUGCAUAAAUUUAAGAAUUAACUCCUUAAACUGCUAGACACUUACACAUCACAUCAAGAUUACACUGACUUCUAUUAAUACAAAAGAAACCUUUGAAAAAAUACUCUGCUCUUCUAAAGUUGUGUAAGUACUAUUAGCAAUGGGAAAAUUUAUUUUCAAGAAUGUAAUUUAAGGAAGGCAGCAGCAAAAAGUGUUUUUAUUAGCUUUUGUUGUCUUCUUAAUGAUGGUAACUUCCAUAUCCCAAUGCUGAACGGAGUGUCAGCAAAAUUGUAACUUCUGUACAGAUACCAUCUUCUGCCCUUUCUUGCAUAGCUAAAUAAAACCUCUUCAUUAAGAUAAUUAUUACAAUGCAUCAGUAAAGAAUCUAAACAAGGAAAGCAUUCCCUCUAGGCCUCACUAUAAAAUUCCAUGCUCACAACACAUGGUUGGCAUAGCUGUUGUCCUUGUAGCUCUUAAUUUUUAAGUCUUUUACAUUCAGAAGAGACAGCCAGGAUGAUAGGUGUUGGUCGACUUAACUUUUUUCCUAUCCUUCUAAAAUAAGAAUAAGGGUUACUACCCUAAAAUACAUGGAGGGGGAAAAAAGGAGGUCAAAAAGGAAGUAGAAAACAAAACUGAUUUAUUUUGGGCUGCAAUAAAUUCUUUAACACUUAAGUUUUUUUAAGCUGUUAAAGCAAGAUAUCUUGACAAUGUGUCUGUAGUAGUUUGUAUUCAUAACUUUGUGUGUGUGUGAUUAUUGUAUUAUGCUUCUAGUAUAGCCUGGAUUCAAAUGUAACAGAAACCCCAGAAACAACCUUAGCUAAGAUGUAGCUAGUCUAAUACUGGAGUUACUAGCAUUAGCUAUCAGAUCAAAAAGUAUACCCCUAUCAAAUGGUUAUUUUGCAAAAACUGACAAAAUCAGAAGGGUAUUGGUUUUAUCCCAUGGCAUGUUUGCAAUCUGAAAAAAAAACAAAACCAAAAAACCUAGAGCACAGACCUUUUAAGUGACAUCUGAAGUUUCUUUUUCAGCAUUCUUAGCAUUUACAAGAUAAAUGUUUAACUUCUGGCUGUCACAGUAAAUCCAUCUUAAGUGCUUUUUUUUUUUUUUUGCAGUACUAGUGUGAUGUAAAUAUUGCGCCUUACUCACUAGGCUGCAUAUUUUAUAGUUGACUAUGUACUUGCUGUUUCUGACGUUUGUGGGAAAGUGCAUAAUAAUUUUCAAUUUGCCAAGUCUUUGCCUUUGUUGUAAAUAAGCAAUUAAAGAUUUUAUUUAAACUGUU